AUGAAUUUCAAUCUUGCUGAAAGAUCACAGGAGUACUACCGGGCAGUUUUUGAGGGCAAGCAGACAGAAUACAUAACAGAAAUGCUCCAAAAAAUACAGGCAGAACUGAGAUCACAAUCUACACUGGCAAAGAUUGAGUCAAUUCCACAAUUGAUAUUCAUAAAUUUCUUGGGAUAUGAUACAUCGUGGGCUGAUUUCGAUUUACUUGACGUAAUGUCAAUAGAAAACAGUUUUUCCACAAAAAGAGUUUCAUAUACUGCUGCUUCAGCAAUGUGGAACUGCGAUUCGAAUGUAAUUGUUCUUGCUCCUAAUAGGAUAUCAAAAGAUAUUACUUCUCCAAACUCUUUCACUGCUACAGCUGUAUUAAACUCAAUUUCAAGUUUUAUGACAGAAACAAUUGCCCAAUUAAUAGCUGGAGAUGUCAUAUCUCUCAUGAAAUCGCAGAGACUACCAUUGAAACAGAAAGCAAUCGCUACUUUUUAUCGAAUUUGUUUGAAAUACCAACCAGCUCUUAAAAUUGGCAUUCAAACACUCAGAGGUGCAUUAGAUGAUCCAAACCCAUCAACAGUUCGAAUUGUACUUGGCGUUUUCUGCGAGUUUUCCGCACAUAAUCCUCAACCAUUUGUUCCUCUUAUUCCAAAGUUCUUCGGAAUGCUUGCAACAUGCUACGAUAACUUAUCACAAAUCAGAUUAAUCAAAAUAUUGUCAUAUUUAUGCACAGUUGAACCAAGAUUGCCGAAAAAGUUAAUUCAGCCAUUUACAGACCUCAUUAACUCUACUUCAUCGCACAGUGUACUUUUUGAGUGCAUUGAUGCUGUAAUUAACAUUCCAAUCUCAAAUUCAGCUUUAAUUUCAAAUGCAACGUCAAGAGUUGAAUCAUUCAUAUACAAUUCGAAUCCGAACAUGAGGUAUCUCGCAUUACAACAGUUUAUGAAGCUCAUUCGUUUGAAUCCUCGCUUAAUUACAGAUCAUCGCGAAAUUAUCGGCGAAUGCAUCAACCACGACGACGACAGUAUUCGUCUUACAGCUAUAGAUCUUAUUUCUUCACUCGCUACCGCUAAAACUCUUGAUAAUGUCGUUGGAAGAAUUUAUGAACAACUUAGAGACCCAAAGAGGCCAUCAACCAAAGACCAAUUAGCAGAAAAGAUCAUAGAAAUAUGCAGCCGCGACGAUUACGAAAUGAUUUCGGAUUUUGAAUGGUAUAUCGCCGUAUUAAUGGAUAUUUCGGACGAUCCACAGAUCAGUUGCUUUGAUCUUUUAUCAGAACAAUUUUUAGACCUUGCAGAACGUGUUCCUUCCAUUCGUCGUCGAAUUGUUCACGAAAUGUCAAGAAUUAUCGAGAACCCAAGGUUUUUCUCGGCCGAUAACCUCCUUCUUGUUGCUUCCUACAUCAUUGGUGAAUUUUCUGAUGAUUAUUCCUUGUUUUCUUCCAUAUUACAACCAGUCAUCAUAAAUGAUUCGGCCAGAGUUCAAGCGUGUUGCCUCGCCGCAUCCCUUAAACUGUAUCUAAGAGCUUCCGAGUCCGAACGCCUUGAAUUGGACUCUCUUUACCAGUUAAAACUUCCACUUUUCGCUUCUUCUCAAUAUACCGACGUUUCUGAGAAAGCUGAGACCCUUAUUAAGCUUCUAGAAAUCAUAAAUAACUCGGAUAGAAAGAUUUCGCUCCUUGAAAACUUCUGUAAAAAGUUAUAUGUUUUUCAUAACGACGAAGAAGAGGAAAUAGACGAAAUCCCUGAUCGUCCUCCAGCACUUGAUGAGCCAGUGACCCUAUUUACCGAGGAAACUGAAGAAGAUAUAGCUUAUCUUUCAGGAAAAUCCAAAAUCAAGAAAUCAAACAGAAGAAGGAAGCACAGGAAGAACAAAAACAAGAAGCAGGUCCAAGACUUUGAAAUUAACUUCGACCAAUCAGAGGAUUCUAAUGAAGAUGACGAAGAUGAUGAAGAAUUUGACGCAUUUGAGGACCGUCCAACAACAUCCAUGAAGGCAUCACGCAGGAAACUUCAACAGGGACAGGAAGGACAGCUCGUUGGCCAGAACAAUUCUUUAAUUGUUCGGGCCACGGAUAUAAUAAUUUCUUCUGCCCGGCCAAACCUCGUAGAAAUUGAAUUACUAGUUACUAAUUGCGCUAGAACUAACUUCGAAAGCGUAGAAAUCCAAGUUCCGCAAUCAGCAAACGUAAAACAAGUUGUUGUUAAGCCAAUUGGUCAAAUGCCACAAGGUUCCAGCAUUUUCCACCACAUAAUGUUGGAAAUAGCCAUCAUUAAUAACCCUCAAUCGAUCAGAAUCAUGUUAAUUCCAUCAAAUGGCGGCGAAACAUUGGAAGGACGCAUCAGAUUGGUCCCAUCUAACUUCUUAUUACCAGGAGAUUCAGCGUUAUUAUCGAUUGCCCAAAAUGAAUCCGUUUUCAUCUCAAAUGUCUCAAUUUCCUCAAAUUCAAAACCGAAAACGGUUCUAAACGCAUUAUCUACAAUGCUAAGAGCGAAUAUCAUCAGAGGAAAUGAUCCAACAUCACGUAUUUUAUUCUCUAGAACGACUACAGGUUUAAAUGUGAUUUCUAUCCUGAAAAUCAAUCAAGGAAUUGUCGAAGUCACCGUCAAAUCAAGUGACAAUAACAUGGCAAACUCAAUAAGUAGAGAAAUCGAGAUGAAAAUCCGUUCUCUCAUGGCAUAA